CACACCCCUCAGCUCUCUUAUAAGCUCUCGUCAAACUAAUCAUCUAGAGGACUUUAUAUUCGAACUCGAACUCGAACUCGAACAUGUCUGCAGAACUGUCACCCCUCCCGGCGUUGAACAAGAACGGGCACGUCGCGCAUUGUAAUAGAUGUCUUGCGGGAUUACCGAGUAGUCUGGUGGAGAUGGACUCGUCGAGAAUGGCAUUCUCGUUCUAUUGUCUCGGGACACUGGACCUCAUGGGUGUUGCAGACACAAAGAUCAGCGAGGUAGAGAGGAAAGACUGGACGGAGUGGAUCUGGGCGCAGCAAGCCAGGGGUGAACACGGAACAGGAUUCAGACCAAGUCCAUUCGUGACCACGGAGGAUCCUUCGCUUUCGUCGUCCUCAUCCAAACCCUCCGGCUCCGGGUCUCCCUCGUAUACAAUCCCGACAUACACGGUCCACACCCCUCCGAACCUAAUAAUGACCUACGCAGCCCUCCAGUCCCUCGCCAUCCUUCGCGACUCGUUCGAUCAGCUUGACAGGGAUGGAUUGGUUCGAUUCUUGAGGGCGUGCCAGGAUGCGGAUGGAGGGUUCUCGACGACGCCGGGUUGCAGAGACUCGGACCUGCGCAUGGUGUAUUGUGCGUUCGCGAUUAGUAGUAUGUUGGGAGACUGGAGGGGGGUGGACGUCCCGAGGGCUUUGGAGUUUAUCUGGAGAUGUCGGACGUACGAAGGAGGGUAUGGGCAGGCGCCGUUUUGUGAGGCUCAGGGUGGAACGACAUACUGCGCCCUCGCCUGUCUCUACCUCGCGCCCUCAUCUUCAUCCUCGUCCUCGCAUCCUGACGUGUCCUCCUCAUCGCAUACUCCUUCUUCCACUUCCACUUUCUCCCAAGACCCGUCAUCAUCGUCGUUACCACCACCACCACCACCAUCACCACCAUCCCCACUCUCACCCUCCGAACACGCAAGCACCCUCCGCUGGCUCGUGCACACGCAAGAUGCAGCCUCUGGCGGGUUCGUGGGUCGUACGGGAAAAUUGGCCGAUGCGUGUUACUGUUUUUGGUGUGGGGCAGGUAUCGAGAUUCUGGGACAUGGGGACGUGGUGGAUAGGGAUGCAUUGGCCGGGUUCAUGGGGAGGUGUCAGUAUAAGUUUGGAGGGAUCGCGAAAGCGCCGGGGGAGCAUCCUGAUCCGUAUCAUACGUACCUUUCGUGCGCUAUGAUCGCGAUGUAUCCGCCUCAAAAUCAAAAUCAGGCCUCACCACUCAUCGACCCUUCAUCAAAAUCAAGACCAAUGGAUGAAAAGCGCGAAGGGUGGGCGAUCGCGGGGUUGGAUCCGCUCUUGAACGCGAGGAGGGAGACGGCGGGAUGGGCGAGGGAGAAGAUUGGGGGGUCGGGUCCUGCUGUUUAG